AUGACGAGGGCUGUGAAGUGUGUUGCGAGUAGUGUGUGUGAAGCCGGUGCAGUGGCCUUGGGCGCGGUCGUCGUCCGGGUGAGCAUGGGAGGACCUGUGCGUUUGGCAGGUGGCCAGGCCGGUCUGUUCAAGUUGCUGGUUAGAAGCCGGGAGGAAGAGACGUACACACUUGUUGUUGGAGACGGCGUGAUGCAUUGGGAAGAUACGCGCGAAUCGAUAGGUACCUGCGAGCCCAGAGAUGUGUGUGAACCGAGAGGUGUAUGCGACUCUGGUGAUGUGUCCGAAGACAACAUGGCCGACAACAACAUGGUCGACAACAACAUGGUCGACAACAACAUGGUCGACAACAACAUGGCCGACAACAACAUGGUCGACAACAACAUGGUCGACAACAACAUGGCCGACAACAACAUGGUCGACAACAACAUGGCCGAUGGGGUCCAGACAGGCUGUGUGAGUUCUGACUUAAUUGAGAAGCGCAUUUGGAAUAUUCUGGAUCGAAGCCGGAAUAUAUCUGGCAUCGUCUUGCCGUUGACACAAUUGAAGAAGUUCAGGUGCAAUAUUCGGAACUCGCUGGAAGAAGAGUGUACACAUAUAAGUGGUGUCGUGGUGAAUGGCAAAGUAUUAUAUGAUCUUGGUUUCCCCUGGCAACGACGAUCGAUGUCAGGGGUUGAACAACAACAAGUCUCAGUCAAACGUGAGCAUCUAGAUAGAAAGCUCCACAUAGCAAGGACACGACUCGCUACGGUUGAGCAACUACUAAAAGCGAAGAGACAAGGUGAUGCCGUCAAAUGGCUCGAACGUCAAUCACAACUUCGUAAAGAAAGGAAAGAACGACAACUUGAAAUACAUCGACUCAUCAAAGAGCAACUCGAUCUCCAAUGA